CAAACUUUUGGGAUUCUUCCUGUGCUAGUGUUUUUCUGCAUAGCAGACGCUCUGUCCCUUUUUUUUUUUCCCUCCAAAAAGAAUGCAGAGGUUGACGAUGACUGAUGACAAAAAUAGUAGUGAGGAAUGGGUCAUAUCGAUUCGCAAAGCUGGUGCUGCCAACAUGUCAAAAAAUUUUCAAACUCGAAAGCAACAUAUGCGAAUGGUCCCUGAGAUACUGCAAGCUAACAAAGGUUUUCAGAAAUACUUCGUACCACGGGUUGUUUCUAUUGGGCCAUACCACCAUGGCAAUCCCAUGCUCCAGCAAGUGGAGAACUUGAAGCCGGUUAUUGCAAAUAUGUAUGUUUCAGACAAGGUAGAGAUUCUCCAAGAAUUGCCCGCCAAAAUUCUGGAGAGGAUUAGUGAGGUGAGGGACUGUUAUGAUGAGGGAUCCAUACAGAAUUACAAUGACGAGUCGCUUGCACAGAUGAUGAUACUGGACGGGUGCUUUGUUUUGUUUUACAUUCGUUGUGUUCAUUACAGUAACGAAGACGAUUUGGGGAUGAAAAGUGUCUACAUAGCCUUGGCACAACAGGACUUAUUCUUGCUGGAGAACCAACUUCCAUACUUUGUUCUCAAGGAUUUGAUGGACGAAAGAAUACUCAAAAAGAAAGACUGGAUGACUGUGAUGAGAUCGUUCAUCGGAAUGAACCGUGUGACCAAAAAGGAAAGAGGGAGAGAACAAGAAGAAGAAGAAGAAGAAGAAGAAGAAGAUGUAGGCGUUUCACAUCUUCUGGAGCUUCUACGAAAAAGAAUGGUUGAUUACCAAGACAGUGACAUCCUUCAAUUUAAUCGCUACACAUACCGUAAUAUAAAGGAGCUUAUGGCAGUGGGAAUUCAAAUAAAACCUAGCGACUCAGGUAGCUUGACAGGCAUACGCUUUCAUUCUCACGGAUCCUACGCAACCAUGGCACUUCCGGCAAUAAUUGUUAACAACUCAACCAAGUCCAAGUUUUUGAACUUGAUAGCCGAUGAAAUGAGUUCAGAUGAGCCAAAUGAAUUAUGGGUCACUUCUUACGUUUGCUUUCUAAGUAAACUCAUUUCGCAUCCUGAUGAUGUUAAAAUGCUAAGUUCUGCAAAAAUACUGGACAACUUCCUAGGCAGCGAUGACGAAGUAUCCAACCUCUUCCAGGAGAUAGGCGGUGAUUUGGUCCCAAAUCCUUGUGCUUAUGCAGAUGUCAGAUAUGAUAUCCAACUCUACUACAAUGAGACAUUGUCAAGUUGGUUAACUCAGUUCCGUCGCUAUAAAACCAAGGUUUACAGGUCUCAACUGAUGGACGACUAUUUCAAGAACCCAUGGAGUAUUUUAGCGUUAGGAGGAGCAAUCCUAGCUCUUUUCUUCACUGGUGUCCAGGCCUACUUCCAAAUCUGGUCUUCUCCUAGUGAGUGUGAGGGCCUCUGCAACUAUAUCAAAACCACACACCGCAUAUGACUUGAUCCUUCCACGAGCAACUCAGAUCUCCUUCUUCUAGUUUUGUAUUUCAUAAAUCUUGACACAUCUUGUAUAUAUGUCACUCUUCUUACUGUAG